CAGCUAAAGCUAGGAGCAUCGCGCGUCCUGGUUGUCGGAUGUGGUGGAUUAGGCUGCCCUGCCGCUGUCUACCUUGCUGCUGCCGGUGUCACUAAUUUAACCUUAGUUGAUGAUGACGUCGUUGAGAUAAACAAUCUUCAUCGCCAAGUAAUGCAUUCUGAGAAUAACGUUGGGAGGCCCAAAGUUGAAUCUCUCGCCGAAAAAUUAAAGAGUGUCAACAGCACAGUUCGUGUGGUGACGAAGAAUGUCCACCUUACUAAUGAGAAUGCCUGCGAAAUUAUUUCUGACCACGAUGUAGUUUUGGACUGCACGGACAACCUAGCUACACGUUACCUCCUCAAUGAUGCCUGUGCUGCCUGCGGCCCCAUUCCCUUAGUGAGCGGCAGUGCACUUCGUUUUGACGGCCAGAUGACGGUCUAUCUCACACAUCGAGUACCAGAACGCGAUGCCCCUGAGAGCGAGGCCAAGCGACGGAAGAUGGUUGACAAUGAUCGAAUACCUUGUUUCCGCUGCAUCCACCCAACGCCGCCACCUGCAGUUCAAGCGUGUUCUGACGCUGGAGUUUUGGGUGUUGUUCCUGGUAUCAUCGGGACCUUGCAAGCGGCCGAAGUGAUCAAAAUAUUAUCGGGAAUAGGUGAAUCAAUGGCUGGACGCCUUUUCAUGGUGGAUAUGGAACGGAAUAGUAUGCGGUCCGUGAAGCUUCGUCAAGCAAGGCCGGAUUGUGGGACCUGCAACCCAGCCAACCGCAUAACUCCAGAGCAGGUUCGAAAAACUGACUAUGUCAUUUUCUGCGGCUCUCCUUCUAAUGAUGCGCCGAGAGCAGCAAACAUGCAAAUGUCUGACAGUCGUAUUUCAGUUCAGGAAUUGAAAGAAAUGCGGGACUUAAAAAAACCCCAUCUUCUCAUUGAUAUUCGACCUGCUGUUGAAGUCGAAAUUUGCCGCCUGACGGACUGUCUUUGUGUAGUAUAA